AGGUGCUUGAACUGGGAUUUAAUUUCUCAUCCUAUGGAUCACUGAAUGAGUAACAGAUGGCCUUGCCUCGUCUUACGGGCGCUUUACGCUCCUUUUCAAAUGUCACUAAACAUGAGGAUUACAGUGAAGAAUUAGCUGACUUAACGACUAAAAGAUCAAAACUACAUGAGCAGUUGCUGAAGUCUGAUCUUACUUGGAAGAAGAUAGUAAAGUUUGUUGAUGACAAUUUGGACAAAAAAGAACACCAAACUGUAAAUGGUGAUUUAAAAACUAUAUUACAAGCUGCAAAACAAAUAGUUGGAGCUGAAAAUGGACAAGAAGCAAUUGAAAGCGGAGCCGUUUUUCUCUUUAAGACAUUUCACAGGAAAGAAUGUGUUGGUCAUGAUGAGACAAAGGCGAUCAAGCAGAUGUUUGGGCCGUUUCCAUCAUCAUCUGCUACUGCAGCUUGUAAUGCCACAUGUCGGAUUGCCUCUCACUUCACUGAAGAACAGCUUUCAGCCCUCAUACAGAUGGCUGAAGAGCAAAAUGGUGGUAACGGAGUGUUCUUCGGUAAAAAUAUAGUGUUUUCAUUUGAUAUGCAUGAUUUGGAUCACUCUGAGGAGCUGCCUGUGAAUGGGGAGGCCGAUGCACAGAAAAUUAUAAGCUUAGAUUAUAACAAAUUUCUGAAUAACCAGCUGAAUCACUUACAGAAUUACUGUGAUGAGAAAUCUGAAUUCAAGUCUUCGGAAAAAGUAGAUGAUUCUUUCCUAUGGUGCGAAGUUGGAAAGUAUCUGAAUGAAUCUCAGGGUGGUACCCCUGGGGGGCCAACAACAGAAGACCUCUGCUGUACUCUGUACGAGAUGCUGGCUUCUACCAAAAGCGGCGAUGAACUUCAAAAUGAG